AUCGGCAGCGCCUAUCGAUUGAAACUGCCGCAAAGAGGAAGCAGCUUGUUGAUUUUUUGCGCGGAGCCGCACGCGUUUCUGAAAUAAUUUGUUAAUUUUCGACUUGCCGUGUGGCCCGGCAAAUAUAUUUUGUACUCGACCGAAACACUCGUUUAACCAAAUCCGAAAUUCGCGUGUGUCCACCUGCAGGAGCAGCCUGUUCACAGUAUUUAAAGGAAAAUCCUGCCCAGCAAACACUCCCCCCGCAACAUGUCACAGUCGCCGCGAGGCGGGUCCGCCUCCAAGGACUCCAAGUACGACCUGAGCAAGAUAUCGGCUCGAGUGGAUCGGGUGAAUGUCAGUGGACUGCAGCGCACUCAGAACGACUACGUGAUGCGGGCCGCCGAUGGCCUGUUCAAGGCCACCAACUUCCAGGACCUCAUGGUGGAGGCCAUGUCCACCAAGUCGUACCUGCACGAGCUGGGCAUCUUCAAGGACGUGAGUGUGCACAUCGACAUUAGCCGCGGAGCGGAUGCCACGCCCCAGGGCUACGAAGUGACCUUCAAGGGUAAUGAGUAUACGCGCCUGAUGGGAUCCGCCGGCACGGAGAUUGGCCAGAACGAAGGAUCCUUGCGCACCGAACUAACCAUCCCGAAUAUCCUGGGCCGGGGGGAGAGUGUCUCGUUGCAGGGAAGCUACAGCAGCAACAGGGCCCAUGACUUGCAGUUGAAGUUCUGGAAGCCAUUCUUCCACACACGCUUUCGAGAAAAUCGACCAGAAUUAUCCUUCAGCGUCUUCAGGCAGACUGAUCGAUAUGAUAUCAGCUCGUUCCAGACCACAAAUCUGGGCUACCUGGUGGACUUUUCCGCCCACACCAUGCUGGGAGUGGAUUUAACCCACUCGCUGCAGUAUGAGAACUCCAUCAGGGAUGUGGGUCUACUGAACAAAUCGGUGCCCUUCGCCAUACGCGACCACUGUGGCCCCAAGCUGGCCUCCCUCAUCCGCUAUUCCAUCAUUUUCGACAAUCGGGACGGCAAUGUCUUUCCCACCCAGGGAGUUCUACUGAAAUCCGUGAACGAGUACUGCGGCCUGGGCGGCAACAUCGCCUACACCAGCAGCACAGCACACGGGGAGGUGAACGUGCCACUGUUUGCCGGGCUGGUGGCCCAGUUCUGCGGACGCGUGGGCGUCGUCAAGGAGACCAAGAACACCACCCAACUGCCCAUUAACUCGCUCUUCUACUGCGGCGGCCCUCUGACUCUGCGCGGCUUUAAGUUUGGAGGAGCUGGACCAGUGAUUGAUGGCACGCCAAUUGGAGCGCAGACCUUCUGGUGCACGGGGGCGCACCUGUGGGCGCCACUGCCCUUCGCCGGGGUCUUCAAAAACCUGGCCAGUCACUUUAGAAUGCAUUUCUUCUACAACCUGGGCAACAGCAACACUUUCAGCACAGAGAACAUGCGAAGUGCCUUUGGAGUUGGAUUGGCGGUCAAGUUGGCGGAAAGAGCACGCAUCGAGCUGAACUACUGCGUUCCAGUGCGUCGCCAGACCACCGAUAAUGCCAUUAAUGGUUUCCAGUUCGGCAUUGGUUACGAGUUCGUCUAAGAGUCGGCCUCGCCUUCAAUGAGAACUGGAGUUAGGUCCUAGCAGAGCCAUGAGAGUCACAACAGCAAAUGAGCCCCACGGAGAACAAGAAACCAUUAUUUUCGAGCUUUUGUUCUGUAUUUCUUUGUCAAUGCAUUUUACUUUCCUCAGCAAAUUGUAAUUGUAGUCCCAGCAAUCACUUAAGUAGUUCCUAAGGCGUGUACAUACAUCAAAACGAAAGGUUUAAAAAAAAUAUACAAAGGAAAUUAUUUGUUAAAGAGA